AUGUCCGACCAGUCGCAGUAUAGACCAACAAUCCAUCAGUUCCUACUACGCACCGAGAAUCUACAGCCAUUGGUAACGGCAGUACUGCAGCUUUUAUCCGAAACGAGCGCAAACCAAACACGCCUCGACCAGAUCUGCCAUGGCAUCGAUACCAACUUUAGAUUCCCCCAUCAGGUAUCCGUCACUGAGCCAGCUCCAUCUCCAUCUCCAUCUUCAGCUUCAGCCUCACCUCAACACACGCCACACACGCAACCUCCACAAUCCGAUGAUUCUUUGACGUAUCUAAUUGAGCAGAAAUAUGGAUAUCGACGGAACGCAGAAAUGGCAACGUCGCGCGAUUCAGCUAUGGACUCGCUAUCGCAUCAGAUUUCGUUUUUGAAAAAGUUGAAAGAUGAAAAAAUGGCCAUAAAUCGCGAGUUGUAUGCGAUAACUCAGGAGUAUGAAACAGCGGUGUUUACUGAGAUUCUACCUGAGCUACGCCGCAAGUUGCAGCUGGAGAUGCUGCUGGAUUUUGUGCGUGAAUUGUUGGAGUUGAAAUUCGCCAAGGAUGCAGAUGUGUAUCGGGCUUAUGUCAAGAGCAAGAGUCAGAGUUAA